UUCGCAUCAAUGCGAUGAAGGAGAGGCGGAGGAGACAACAUCACGAUGCUUGCUCGUGUUGCGCCGAUGUCGCGCUCACCGGCUUCGUUGCCCUGUCGUGGAAUGAGACGCGCUGACCCGCUGAUAUUAUCAUCACAACCACGAGUGUUGCAACUGUUCAAGCCCGCUUCGCGAUUGGCGUUGCUAACGAACCACCGGCAAGAGCUCGCUCUCAAGGGCAGACUUCCAUCACAUGUCAGGGAAAGCCUUCGAUUCGUCUCAACGACGAUCACACCGUCCUCGAAGAAAGCAUCUGAGAACGACAAAGUCUCUCCUUACAGCCCACCAACUACAGGACUGCUAUCCUACCUUCCAAGUUCCGUCGUACCCUACGCCGAACUCAUCCGCCUUGACAAGCCAGUCGGAACCUACUAUCUCUUCCUGCCAUGUCUGUUCUCAACUCUCCUCGCCGCUCCACUGGCCAGUCCUAUCGCUCCACCAGUCACAGUCGUUUCCACAGCUGCGAUCUUCUUCUUCGGUGCUCUGAUCAUGCGAGGAGCAGGAUGCACCAUCAACGACCUGUGGGAUCGCAAUCUCGACAAGAACGUGGCCCGAACUCGACUUAGACCUCUCGCUCGCGGAGCUCUUACGCCCAAGCAAGCCGUGCCGUAUCUUGGUCUUCAAAUGUUCUCCGGCUUGGCGUUACUCCUUCAACUUCCAGCUGCUUGCUUUUGGUAUGCCGUUCCAUCACUUCCCUUGGUGGCAGCAUACCCUCUGGCUAAGCGGGUCACGAAUUAUCCGCAAUUCGUGCUAGGUCUGACGUUCUCAUGGGGUGCAAUGGUCGGCUUCCCAGCUCUGGGCAUAGACCUACUCUCAAAUAAUCCAGCUUUCAUCUCUGCGGCGUGUCUAUACUCAAGCUGCGUCGCUUGGACUGUCGUCUACGACAUGAUCUACGCCUAUCAGGAUAUUCGGGACGAUGCGAAGGCAGGCAUCAAAAGCAUUGCGUUGGCGCAGGAAGCCAAUGCGAAAAUGUUCUUGUCGGCUGUCGGAACAUUGCAAGUGGGAUUGUUGGCAGCAGCUGGAGUCGCGGUUGGAGCGGGACCGGCUUACUUUGUGGGUGCUGUUGGAGGAGCUGCCUCAACAUUAGGCUACAUGAUAUGGAAGGUCAAUCUGAGUGACGUGGUGGACUGCUGGGCUUGGUUUCGUAAGGGAGCCUGGUUUACUGGAGGAGCCAUCUCCACAGGCUUGGCUGCGGAGUACAUGGUACGAUAUCUGAGCGAGGAGAACGAACAGGAAAAGUCCCACCCAUGA